UUGCACUAAUUAACUGGCCGGAUAUUCUUGAUUCGUUCUUGAAUUGGCCUAAAACUCACCAAUCAAACCACCAAAAUACAUACAUAUACAUCCUCCUGUUACCUGUAUGCACAUUAUUUCCCCCAUGACUCCAUUAUUUGAUUCUUGUCCAAUUCUUAAUUGGCUUACAUUGGAUUCUGUAUGUAGAUCUUUAUGAAUAUACAGAACUCAGUAGUUGAAAAAGAGUUACCACAUAAUGGGGUUCUCAAAUGAUGCUACUAGUUCACAAAGAUCACAUCUUUCUCAGGAUUCUCACACUGACAACGUUGCACUUUCAGGAGUUCAUGAGAAGCAUCAGCAGGAUUUGGAAAAUUUGACGCUUAUAACGCAACCUUUCAAAACACUGAAGUUUUUUAUUUUAGCUAUUAUUCAGUAUCUCAAGAGAGUAGUCCAAUAUCUGUUCGGACAUAGGGCUUGGCUAAUGCUCUUAAGUGUUUUCUUAGUGCUAGGUUGGUUACUGCUCAAGAACAUUAAUGGUCCUCAUGAAAAGCAUUUUGAGGAGUUGUUACGGUAUCUAGAGUUUGGAUUGUGGUGGGUGGCCCUUGGUGUUGCAUCAUCCAUCGGUCUUGGAUCCGGCCUGCAUACUUUUGUCUUAUAUUUAGGUCCUCAUAUUGCCUUUUUCACAAUAAAGGCAAUGAAGUGCGGCCGAGUUGACAUUAAAAGUGCUCCAUAUGAUACUAUCCAACUGAAAAGAGCGCCUUCAUGGCUUGGAAAAGAUUGCCCAGACUUUGGUCCUCCUGUUUUCACAUCUUCACAUGGCUCGAAGGUUCCACUGAGCAGUAUACUGCCAAAGGUCCAGGUAGAGGCUAUUUUGUGGGGUUUCGGAACUGCCCUAGGAGAGCUACCUCCAUACUUUAUUUCAAGAGCAGCAAGCUUAUCGGGUGAGAAAAUGAAUUUGGAAGAACUGGAUACCUCCUUGUCAAAAGAUGAAGGGCGUAUAGCUACACUAUUGAAUAAAUUUAAGCGCUGGUUCCUGUCGCAUGCACAAUAUUUAAACUUCUUUACCAUUCUAUUGCUUGCUUCGGUGCCAAAUCCUCUGUUUGACCUUGCUGGCAUAAUGUGUGGACAAUUUGGUAUCCCCUUCUGGGAGUUUUUUCUCGCCACAAUGAUUGGAAAAGCAAUCGUCAAAACACACAUCCAGACGGUGUUCAUCAUAAUAGUCUGCAACAAUCAACUGCUGAACUGGAUAGAGAACGAAUUGAUUUGGGUCCUUAGCCAUAUACCUGGUUUUGAUUCGAUUCUACCUGAUCUUGUCACCAAACUGCAUGCAAUGAAAGAAAUGUACAUGAAACCACCAGCUCCAGCGACCACAAAUAGUAAGGUGAACAGUUGGGAUCUUUCAUUUGCUUUAAUUUGGAAUGCUGUUGUGUGGAUGAUGCUCAUUAACUUUCUUGUUAAAAUUGUCACUUCAACUGCACAAAGAUAUCUCAAGAAGCAGCAGGAAGAAGAGUUGGCCACGUCGAACAACACUGCUGAUCAUUAGUCUAGAUAGAGCUGCUAA